AAGUCGCUUUGGAUAAAAGCAUCUGCUAAAUGGCAUAUUAUAUUAUAUAGGGCUACAUUCUUGGAGAACUACUAUACAUUUUGCCAAAAAAAGUGACAGUUCAAUAAAAAGUUUUUCUUUAUUAUUAAAAACAAUGAGUUCAGCCUUUGAGCCUUCAUUAGGGCCAAGCACCUUGGUUGGACUGCAAAUAGCAACAGACUGUAUACUUCUAUUUUGCAUACUUUUAUUUUGCAUGUCGGUUAGAGUCAAAGUAAGUGAACACAUCUCAGUGAGCUGUUGUGUGCGAACCAUCCCUCAUGUUUGGCAUCAGCGGAGGGUUCUCAGGAUGUACACUGACUGGUAACAGUGAGUGAAGGGCUGACAUGGCUCGUCUGCCCUUUUUAUGUGCACAUGAUCUGGCUCCUCUUAGCUGCCCAGGUGACGGUGACCCAGCUGAACCUGGUGUCCCACAGCGUGGUGGCUGCUCCCUACCAGUGGGAGUACCCCUACCUGCUCAGUAUCAUCCCCUCCCUCUUCAGCUUCAUGGCCCUGCCCAAAAACAACAUCAGCUACCUGGUGAUCUCCAUGAUCAGUGCUGGGCUCUUCUGCAUAGCGCCGCUCAUCUACGGGGGUGUGGAGAUGUUCCCGGUUGUGAAUCCAAUGUUUUUAGAUUUGUGGGUGAAGUAGUGAAGGACUGUACACUUCAGGAGGAAGGAGAUAUUACUGGGACCUCCCCAUGACUAGGUCAGGGCAUGAUGUGGCCUUAAUGAGAGGAGCCUUCCUGAACUGUAAAGGAACAGGGAAAGGGUUCAGAGAAGGGAAGAGCAGUGGUCAGAUUGAGCCCAUAUGGUUGUGUGCUGGUGUCAAUGCACAUGUUCAUGUUGACAGUACUCAACAAUUCAAUUGUUUCUAAAUGACAUGUACAUUGUUAAAUAACAAUAAAAUGGGUAUGCUGCGGCAGCUUUGCAUCUAUUGUCUAUUUCAUUAAUUACAUGAAUUAAUCACAACAAUGUAAAGGCACCAUUUGUCAUCUCUGCAGUUGGGUUCAUCUUUCCUAUUACCAUGG